AUGAUCUUUUUUCUGAUUUUUGUUGUCUUCCUUUGCACGAGCACAAUUUUUGCACAAGAAGAGGUGAAUUGAGCGUGGAGCUAUUCAGGAAAAGAGGGGAAUUGCAGGCAAUCAACGCGUACGAGUCCAUCAAAAGACUGAAAGAAUGCAUUGAAAUCGUCGAGGUGAUUUGAUCUCUUUUCGUGUUUGACAUGUUGUUUCAGAGACCCGAAACAAGAACGGCUUGCAGAGGAAAGGAUGGAAUCGAGAAGGACGAGUGCAUCGAAAAGUUCACGCAGGUUUCCGAUCUGUCUGCGAUUAGCCAAUCCCAUUCCGUUUCAGAAGAUGAUGCCAAUUCUGAAUGCGUGCAUCGAAAGGAGUCGGAAAGCGAUUCGACACUCAAACAGAGACGAAUUGUGA